AUGAAGUUCCUCUUGUACGCGGGAAUUGUGAUACAGCUCUGCUUUGUGAUAGAAGGCCUCAGAUUGUUCAAUUGUACAUCAAUACAUGCGCCACACAUUGGAUGUGAAGUAUACCUUCUCAAUAAAGAUGAAUGUAGUCCUCCCAACCUGGAGACUGAGUUUCCUCACCUGUACACAGAUGGACUGGAGUACCCAGAAAAGCCUCAUGAUUUUCAUGUGGACAUCAGCUACAAGUACUAUCCAACAUAUUUUAAUGCUUCCUACCCAUGUUUCAACAUAACAAUUCGUCCACCUAUUACAAGUAGUUAUAAAGAUGUUAAAGGAUUUGAAGUGACAUACAUGGAGCUUAUUGCUGGAAAUACAGAAGUAAAAUGCCUGAUCUUCAAUCUGACAGGCAAGAUCACCACCACAGACAAAGAGAAUAGGGUUGCCUUCAGAGCAGAACUUGUAUGUCCUGUCUCAGCGUCAAGUGACUAUCUCCUAAGGGCUUAUAGUUUACCUAAGCCUGCAGCCCAUUACGAUGUGGACAUGUCAUUAUCUGCAUUAAUCCAUGCAGGUCCGCCUUUCAAUACAACUGCUCCAUCCUCAGCGUAUUGGACCACCACAAUAAUGUAUCGAAACUAUUCCCAGGAGAUCUAUUACUCCUUCCAGGGCCCACCUUUACGCUUCAACUUUGAGCACUUCAUCGUCAGCCUGUACAAUGUGUCUGAUAGGAAGCAAACAUCGGGACUUUUAGUCCAACGACAGCAUAUAACAGAGUAUUCUGGGGUGUUCAUAGACCUGUUACCAGGAUGGUAUCGUAUCAAGAUUCUCCCUGAAGAUCCUUACUACAAGGAUCAAAGCAAAUGUCUGUGUAGGGAUAAUUGGGGUAGCUGUGUUAGCUGUUCUAGAACAAUGACUGCAGCGAUAUACAUCCAUGAACCCCCUACGACAACACCCAGCCCUUCCAUUACGCAGAAACCUGCUACUGAGAAACCUUCUUCACUGAAGCCUGCUACACAAGAACCCUCUUCUAGAAAGGAAGACAAGACGGGAAAAAUCAUAGGAGCUGUAGUUGGUUCUUUUCUUGGUGUCAUUCUCAUCGUCAUCCUUAUCCUCUUUUUCAUCAUGUACCGAAGGAGACUUGGAGGAAAGCAAGAUCCUGAACCUGGAAAAUAUGUGCAAGGACCAUAUGAGUACCAAGGUCAAAUAAAUGCUAAUUUCAUGAAUGACGAGAAACCCAAAGCGACAGGUAACACAGGUCCAAGACUGUUGAAGAGACAGAAUGUGUUCUUGGUGAACACUGAAGACCACCCUAAACAUCUUGCUGUGCUGAAGGCCUUUGCCACUUUCCUACAGAAGGAGUGUAGUUGUGAUGUGACCUUUGCCCCUGAUUGCAAAAUUGAUGACAAACCUCAGUGGGUUUUACGCUCCAUGGAAAUGGCAGAUUAUAUUCUGGUGGUGCAAUCCUCAGCAGCAUACCUCCAGUGCAAGUCUUUGAAACAGAAGAAAGGGGAGCUGUGUUAUCAGCCUCUGACGAAGGUGGGGGAUAUUUUUGUACCUGCACUUCAGAUAAUUACCAAUUGUAUAGGCAGAGAAAAGGACGUCAGGAAGUUCCUAUCUGUACAGUUUCCCUAUACACCUGACAAGUUUGUCAUGAAGGACUUGUUUCCUGGCAAAACAUACAAUAUCCCAACUCAUUUAGAUGAGUUCUUGUGCUGCAUACAUGGUCUUCAUAACACGCAAAGUAAGCUGGAGGAAUACAACCUUCCUGUACGCGUUAGUAUUAGGCUCCGUCCUCCAGGCAUGAAUCUAAUCGAUGCAAUAAAUGAAGCUGCAGACUAUGAGAGUAUGCUCAACCUCAACCAAAAUUCUAGUACAGAAAAGCUGGACUCUGGUAUUGGUGAGGACGACACUUAUUCCAUAGGCAGUCACAGUGGGGGUAUUGGUAACAGCAAUGGACCAGCAAAUCAUACCUUCCAGAACAAUGCUUUCCCUAACAGUAAUUACGAUUAUGCCUUCCAAGAUGGAAAUACCCCGAAUCAGCUGUCUACAGAAUCUCCAACAACACCAGGAGACUAUGAAUAUGUAGAUGUGAAAAUCAAUCAGGGUCCGCAAAAGCAGUUCUUCCCAACGAAGAGAAAUGAGCUACAGAAUAUGUGGACUGCACCAGACGAACUUUCUGAGGACAUCCCUGCUUACCUGGAGGUUGAAGGUGGCAACUUUUCAUUCCAUCCUCACCCUCCCAGUCAGCUUGGUGAAGAGGAUGUCCAGAGCACACAGCUCAGAGAUGAGAUCCGCGACAUUAACACACGCUACAUGACCACGCAAUUACGCGACAGCAAUCCAGAGGUCGAAGAGUGUCAAAGUCUUGGUGGUAUGAGUGUAUAG